AGAUCAUCACACAGCGGAGGAGACGGAGCACGGUCGGCCUGAGGAGCUCACACCAAGGGACGAAAUGAACCGAUAAACAUCACGGUUUGGGGCUAUGUUCAGAUUUGUUUGCCAUGGAAACAGAAAUGACACCAAAAUUUUCCUCCAAAGAUGAGGAGAUCGACUUCUGGAAGGCUCUCUCCCUCAAGUACAAGAAAGGCUGCCAGGAUGCCCAGGAGGAGCUGCUGGAGUUUCAGGAGGGCAGCAGGGAGCUGGAGGCCGAGCUGGAGGCUCAGCUGGGACAGGCCGAGCACCGGAUGAAGGACCUACAGUCUGAGAACAACAGGCUCAAGAAUGAGGUGGAAACGCUCAAGGAGAAGCUGGAGCAGCAGUACUCUCAGAGCUACAAACAGAUCUCCAUGCUGGAGGACGACCUUGGACAAACACGCAGCAUCAAGGAGCAGCUCCACAAAUAUGUCAGAGAGCUCGAGCAGUCCAACGAUGACUUGGAGAGAGCCAAAAGAGCUACCAUUGUGUCUCUGGAGAACUUCGAGCAGCGUCUGAACCAGGCCAUCGAGAGGAACGCCUUCCUGGAGAGCGAGCUGGAUGAGAAGGAGUCUUUGCUGGUGUCUGUGCAGAGAUUAAAGGAUGAAGCCAGGGAUUUGAGGCAGGAGCUGGCCGUCAGAGAGCGACAGUCGGACGUGAGCAGGAUGUCUGCUCCGAGCUCGCCCACACAGGACAACGUGAAGAUGGACUCGGCAGUUCAGGCCUCUCUCUCGCUCCCUGCAACCCCACUGAGCAAAGGUCUGGACAACGCCUUUGCCAACACAACAGCUCUGUCAAAUGGCUAUGGCAGCAACUCCCCACUGACUCCGUCUGCAAGAAUAUCGGCGCUCAACAUCGUCAGUGAUUUACUCCGUAAAGUAGGGGCACUAGAGUCGAAGCUCGCUGCCUGCAGGAACUUCGCCAAGGACCAGAGAGCCAGGAAGGCGUACGCUCUCGACAACAGCAACACGCUGAAUGCAAACACAACAAACUACUCACAGUCGUUCCACACAUCGUACUUUGACAAAGCGACAGAGAUGGUCACAUUCCCUUCGUUGAUUCUGGCAGGCCGGUGAACGGACUGAAGCCUGGAGCUCUGACGGCCAUCACUGCCCCUCCUGCUGCCUCCUCUGCGGGCUUAGUGCCCCUCGCUGUGUGACGUUAACCCCCCAUCCCCUCCUCCCCAAAAAGCCGGCCCGUCCUGCCCUUGAAAACCUGCAUAUUAAAAGAGAAGGACAAAGAGGGAACACAGAUGUCUGAAACUGUCAAACUGUGUGGGUGUAUUGUUUCUCUGGAGCCUCUCCUUCACACUCUUGUACCAACUCGACUCUCGUGCUGUGAUUCUCAGUCCCUGUCUGUAUAUUUUACGUGUUACUGUGUCUGCUGUAAAGACGGCGCCCUAGCAACUCUAAAAGACUUCCAGAGAGCCUCACCCUGACUUUUAAAACAUAAAAAGAUGAUAAUAUGCAAUUUUAGACAUGAUCUACGGAAGCCCAAAGUGGACAUGGAUCCUUAAGUUUCACUUUACCUCCUUUUUCCUGUGAUAACUAGUGUUUUUUGGGGUUAUUCUCCCAAUUAUCAUAGGAAAACUAGAAAAAAUAGAAUGGAUAGAAGUUUGUUCACUCAGGGCUUCUGUAGUGUGCUUGGCUGUAAUCUGGACGUCUUUAACUAGCAAUAACAUAAGUUUAGGCCACAGUUAAGAGCACUAAUACUACUGAAAUUUUAAAGAGAAUUUAACAGGGUUAAUGCGUUGGCACAUGUGCAGAUGUCCUUGAUAAUUGUACCCCGUUUGGUUUCUGUCUGCAUUAAUUUUUAAUGUUUUAAAACGUCUGACAUGUGAGUGUCACAGGCAGACGUUCUAACCCUGAUCUCUGGUGAAGAUUUCCAUGUUUUUGUCUCACCUCCUGACUCUUGUACAUACUUCUUUUUUGGUUUCUAAGCCGUCUUAAAGAGAGAAGUGGCGUCUCUGUGUCAUUGUAGUACGUCUAACACCAUCUUUCCUCUGAACUAUGUGACAUAACGUGUACAGUAUUUGGUCAUAUUGAUCGUUAUUUAUCGACAGACUCCUCAGAGGAGCUGUCGCCGUGUUCGGGCCAGUUAUACGAGCGUUCUUGUACUGUGUAGUUGAAGUGUUUUAUCCGACGUUUUUUGAAUUUAUUACUCUGCACAUUUUUCAGUACUGUACAGAAAAAGCAAGAGAAGCACUUUGACUUUGUGUGAACUCAGUUUUUUUUUUUUCAUUUUUAUUCAAGUGCAAUAUCACCGGUUUAGCACGGAAGACGAGAGCGGCCAUGCUUGCAGAUAUUUUCCCAGUGAUGUCUUGAAAUCACAGAUUUAGCUUUCGGUGAUUAGAUGCCAAAUUUCAGGAGACUGGGGG